AUUUAAUGUUUGUUUGAAUUCAGUGUUAAUUGUAUUCAAAAUUAAUUGCAAAACAUUUAAUCAAAUUUAAUUAUUUGUAAUAUUUAUCACUAUUUUUAUACAAAAAACUGUCAUUUGAUUUUUUUGCGAAGUUUUUGGUCAACAAAUGAUAAGAAGCGAUGAGUUCUUCAGUUUCGUAUCACAUCUCAAAUCUGUUGGAGAAGUUUGACCUGCUGCUGACGCUCUUCUUUCACCAAGCGUACGAUAACUUCGACAACCUCCUGUUCUUGCCGGAGGUCCAGAACCUGGCCGUCAAGUGUUUGGGGCCUCUCGUCAACAAAGUGAAGGAAAUACAAGUGGAGACCAUUGUGGAUACCCUCUGCUCUAACAUGAUCUCCAACAACGAACAGUUGCGCGACAUCUCCAGCAUUGGCCUCAAGACAGUUAUCGCCGAACUGUCGCCCAAUUCAACCGCUUUGGUCUCAACCAUAUGCAAGAAAAUCACCGGUCGUUUGGCUAACGCUAUCUCACAGCACGACGAUAUGGGUAUACGUCUGGAGGCACUGGAGAUACUGUCAGAUCUGUUGAAUCGCAAGCCUUUGGAAAACCAAAAUUGCUACACAACAACGCAACAAUUGUAUAGCAGAGUCAUUGAGUUUCUCAUCGAUGAAUUGACCAAAAAUGUUAACGACAUCAACAGCGCUAAGACUUACAUCCAAUGCAUUACUGCCAUCAGUAGACAAUCGGGACAUCGAUUUGGCGAGCAUUUAGAGCGAGUGAUGCCAUUAAUCACACGCUUUGGAAUAAAUCUCCAAUUCCUGUUCUUUGUUCUUCUUCCGCUACUCAACUUCCUUCAGACAGAGGUUCGCAAGCUCAGUAAACAGGCGGCGACAGGAUUUCUCUAUAGUAGAGUACACGGCUGGCAUUCCUCUAAUCUAUGCAUUUAUUUUUAUGACCCGAACUAUAACUACGAUUCCGAUGGUAUGGAUGACGAGGACAUGGAAAUGGAUAACGAAGAAGAAGAGGCGGACACUGACGGCAGUUAUAGCGAUGACGACGAUAUGAAGCGUGAAGAGAAUGUAAAGGUAGACAUAUUCAACGCAUACAUAGCGCUACUGAAACAGACGCGAACAGUGGUGGGCAGCGGCGGAACCGGCGGUUGUGACAACUCGUUGGAGUACUCGAACAACAUCUCGACGAUCGUCAGAGAACAGGUGCCUUCAAUAGUCAAGUCUCUCCACAAACAACUGCGUGAGAAGAGCAUCAAAACCCGUCAGAGCUGUUUCUCACUGCUCAGCGAACUCGUCAGCGUAUUGCCCGGCGCUCUCACCGAACACAUCUCUAAUCUCAUUCCCGGCGUUCUCUACUCAUUG